AUGGACUUCGAAAACCCCAAGCACCUGAUAGCCGCCGGGCGGAAAGUGCGCGCCGAAUACAUGAAGGCUGUCCACAAUAUCUCUAUCUCCGACCAUCAAAAGCUCAUCUGUCGGGAUGAUCCUGUCAAGGGGCCUCUCUGGGUGAGCAAGUUUACUCUCCCUAGCUCAAGCUCGGCAGGUGAUACCUCUUGUGAAUCUCUCCUCCAACUGGUCGAUGAGGCCAAUGUGCAUCAGGUGCGAUACGAUCAUCCGGCCUCGGCUCCACUCGACUUUGAAUGGGUCGGCUAUCGUGCCAAUGUGAAGAAGGAUACGCCGGAGCCUUCGAUCGGGGAGAAGGAGAAAUUCGAUCGGUUGUCGGCUGAGACGAAGAGCCCUUUGACCAUUUUCUAUAUCUAUGGCGGAACUUUUGUUGUGAAUACCCCAUCAUGCUAUCGCAAGACGGCGGUAACCCUUGCCCAAGCAACAGGGGCGAAGGCCCUGCUUGUGCGGCAGCGAUUGGCACCGCAGAAUCCUUUCCCGGCUGCUCUACUAGAUGUCUUCCAGGCAUAUCUAGCCCUGCUGCACCCGCCCGCUGGAAGUCCUCAUGAGCCUAUCCCCGCAUCGUCUAUCGUGAUAGCCGGCGACAGUUCAGGUGCUUGUCUAGCCCUGGGCCUGCUUCAGAUCUUGCUUCAAUUGCAGCGCCGGGAAGCAACCGUCACCUUCCACGGAGCGAAGAUUUCACUGUCAUCCUCAUCACCAAAAGUGCCAGCAGGUAUGGCACUUGUCGGCCCAGCGUCCGAUCUCACUAAUUCCCUCCCGUCCUGCGAGCGCAACGCUUAUUGUGAUACCCUCCCUCUUCCCAACGAUAAGCUCCCAUACUUGAAGAAAAGCUACCCUACCUGUCCAGCCUGGCCCACUCGGCCAGCCCGCGCAAACUUGUACUGUGAAGCGGGGAUGCUAGCCCAUCCACUCGCAAGCCCGGCUGCUUCAGAUGACUGGACGGGCACGUGUCCUGUCUGGAUGGCUUUGGGCCAGGAGCAAAUUGCCGAUUCGGUGCGUUUGGUGGCACAGGAGAUCCAUCGCGCGGGUGGCUCGGUUACCCUGAGCGAAUAUGAAUGCUUGUUCCACUCCUUUUACUUUGUGCUUCGGACUGCGCCGCAGACGAAGCAUCUCUUCGGGGAGUGGGCGAAGGCGAUUGGGGGAUUUGCUCGAGGGGAACGACCGCUGUCGAGUGCGCGGUUCAUUCGGGCUCGGGGACUCAAGGAGGAACCCCUGGAUGUGGAGAAUCUUGUGGAUUUUUCAGUGCCACAGGCGCGAGAGUGGAUGUGGGAAAAGACUCAUACUUACAAAGUGCCUGCUUUUCAUCAGGAGGGAAGAGGGCCUAGUCUGUAG